AUUUAGAAUGUAAGUUUGCCAUAACCAGAACAAAUUGCCUAACAGAAUUAGAUAAAAAAAAAAAAAUAAUAAAAAAAAUAAAGACUAUAACUUUGAUGAAACAACAACAAACAUAAGUCUGGUAAAAAGAUUGUCAGCUAACACAUUCAAUCAUGGUCUUCAGCAUUAAACUCUAUACCAUGGAAUCUCCUACGAAAUAUAUUUUUUAUGUCAUCACUUUGUAAGACCAGAACCACCACAAAUGGUAUUAUCUUUAACCAUUUGAUCCUUGAGAGUUGAGAAUCUCGACUCUAAACACUGUAAACAUAUAGGAAGUUUUCGCAACCAUGAACUUUAAACACAACUAACAUAAUUAAAGAAGAAAAUUAAGAAACUAAUAAUCCCACUUUUACCUUUUCUUCUCAAAACAAUCCCACCUUUUCAAAUUACCACAAUAAUUCCACCUUGUACCGUCAUAUUCUUAAAACAAGACUUUUUCAUUUAUUGAUCGGUUAAUUAUAUUUUCUUUUUUUAGCAAGUAAAUAUACUAAAUAUGGUUGAUUGAGCGCCAUUAAUUCAUAAGCUAACCUCUGCUCUUCAAUUUUGUUUAAAAGCCCAGCCACCCCCAUUCAUUACUUUCCAUCUUUCUUCCUCCUCUCUGCAAUUACCCCCAUUGUUCUCAAAGCUUCAAAAUUUAUCAAUGGCAAGUCAACACUCCCAUGUCUUAUCUUCAAAAUCUAAGAAAUUAGGGUCCCCUCUUUUCCCUAUUUACUGCUAUCACGAUGAGGUCGCUCCAUUGAGGACGGUGAAGCACGGCAGACCCACCCAAGGAAAGCGCUUUUACGAUUGUUCUUAUACGCCAGAACAUAGUACAUGCGGAUUCUUCAAAUGGGUUGAUGAUAUUCGCGAACUGCAAUAUCAGAAUGUUGAUAAGAACUCAAUUAUCAUGGAGUUGGAGGACAAAAUUGAGCUGCUGAAGGAAAAGGUGAGAAAGUUGAAGGCUAAACAGGAGAAAUUGGUUGACCAGGUUGAAGAGAUGGGGAUGGCCACGACCGAAACCCUCUUUGAGAUGAAAGAGAACAACACUGAUAAGAAGCUCAUGUUGACCUUGAUAUUCACCUUGGGCAUUUUUCACUGUAGUGUUGUUGAUGAGGUGCAGGUUGUAGUACUGGGAUGUAGUACUAGGCUGCAAUGUUAAUGGUCACAGUUUGGGGGUUUAAUCUGGGUUGGGAUUAUGUUGUGGGGUGUAGAUCUUUUUUUAGGGUCAUAUGGUGAUUAUGGGUAUGUUAGUAGUUAAGUUGUUGUUAAGGAUGGUAAUGUUAUUGUGUGUAGUAGUAUUUUCAGUAAUGUAGCAGUAGUAGUACUUUUGUGGGUGUCAUGUUUGUAGGUGUUAUUCCAUUGAGCUGUAUUAUUUAGGUGCUUAUUGUAAAUCUUUUAAAUUAAAUUAAAAUGAUGAUAUUUUGAAGUAUGUAUCUUGAAUUGGUUAUAUUGACAGUUAUCAUA